CUUAUCUUGUCGAAAUCCCUCCACUAUAUAAAAUGUUAUUUUCCAUGAUAGCAAUAUGCUGUGAAGUGGAAAAUCUAAGAACCAAAUUUGUCAUCCUGAAAUUAACAGUCCUUUUACGAUGGAUUUAGUAUGUAAAAUAUUAAGUUGGCUUGUGUCUCUGGUUGUUAUAUUAUCAUGCACCUGUAGUUCUGUUAGUGCUACAGUUACUUAUGAUGAUAAAGCUAUCAUCAUCAAUGGUCAAAGAAGGAUUCUCAUUUCUGGUUCUAUUCACUACCCAAGAAGCACUCCUGAGAUGUGGCCUGAUCUUAUACAAAAGGCUAAAGAUGGAGGCUUGGAUGUUAUUCAGACUUAUGUGUUCUGGAAUGGACAUGAACCUACUCAAGGAAAAUUUAAUUUUGAGGGAAGGUAUGAUCUUGUUCGUUUCAUUAAAACCGUGCAAGAAGCUGGCCUUUAUGUCCACCUCCGAAUAGGCCCUUAUGUUUGUGCUGAGUGGAACUUUGGGGGAUUUCCUGCUUGGCUUAAGUUUAUUCCUGGAAUUUCGUUUAGAACAGAUAAUGAUCCUUUUAAGGCGGAAAUGCAACGUUUUACAGAAAUGAUUGUCAACAUGAUGAAGUCGAACAAGUUGUUUGAACCCCAGGGUGGACCGAUUAUCAUGUCUCAGAUUGAGAAUGAAUAUGGUCCGGUAGAAUGGGAAAUAGGUGCUCCAGGAAAAGCUUAUACAAAAUGGUUCUCAAGCAUGGCUGUAGGCCUUAAAACUGGUGUCCCAUGGAUAAUGUGCAAACAAGACGAUGUACCUGAUCCAAUUAUAGACACUUGCAAUGGUUUCUACUGUGAGGGAUUCUUUCCGAAGAAGUCGUAUAAACCCAAGAUGUGGACUGAAGUCUGGACAAGCUGGUUAACAGAAUUUGGUGGCGCGGUCCCUUAUAGACCAGUCGAAGACUUGGCUUUUGCAGUCCUACGAUUCGUGCAGAAUAAGGGUUCUUUCUUUAAUUAUUACAUGUACCAUGGAGGAACUAAUUUUGGCCGGGAAUCUUCUGGUUUGUUUGUUGCCACCAGCUAUGACUAUGAUGCUCCUCUUGACGAAUAUGGAUUACCGAGGGAACCAAAAUAUGGACAUUUGAAACUAAUGCAUAGUGCCAUCAAGCAAUCUGAAGCAGCUUUAGUUUCAGCUGAUCCUAAAGUCUGGUCACUUGGCAAAAACUCCGAGGCUCACGAGUACAGGGCAAAAACUGGAGCUUGUGCUGCAUUUCUUGCCAACUAUGAUACUGAAUCUUCAGCGAAAGUUACCUAUUUCAAUAGGCAAUAUGACCUGCCUCCGUGGUCCAUCAGCAUUUUACCGGACUGCAAAAAUGAAGUUUUCAACUCUGCCAAGGUACAUUCCAAUAGUGUUCAUUUGAAUAUGGUCCCUGUGAAAGCAGCUUUCGAUUGGCAAUCUUCCACUGAAGAAGUUCCUAUUGCUGAUGAUGAUGAUACUUUCACAAAGUGGGGGUUGUAUGAGCAGUUAAAUCUUACUAAAGAUUUCUCAGAUUAUUUGUGGUACCUCAUAGAUGUGAAUAUAUCAGCGAAUGAAGCGUUCCUCAAGAAUGGAGAUGAUCCUAUUCUUACUGUUACGUCAGCAGGAGAUGCUCUGCAGGUUUUCAUCAAUGGACAAUCGUCAGGAGUUGCUUACGGAAGUCUGAAAAAUACAAAACUGACAUUUAACGACACUGUGAAAUUGAAGGCUGGCAUUAACAAGAUUUCUUUGCUGAGCUCUUCUGUGGGUCUUGCGAAUGUCGGUGUUCAUUUCGAGACAUACAAUAUAGGGGUUCUUGGUCCAGUUACCUUAAAUGGUCUGAGUGAGGGAACUCGAGACUUAACAAAGCAGAAAUGGUCCUACAAGGUUGGUUUAAAAGGCCAAGCUUCAAGUCUGCAUACACUUGGUGAAAGUUCUUCUGCUCAGUGGCUACAAGGAUCCUUGGUAGCUCAGAAGCAACCGCUGUCGUGGUACAAGUCUACUUUCGAUGCUCCAGAAGGAUCUGACCCUUUAGCAUUAGAUAUGAGUAGCAUGGGAAAAGGUCAAAUUUGGAUAAAUGGCGAAAGUGUUGGACGCCAUUGGCCUGGUUACAUAGCUCGUGGUAGCGGUUGUGGUAAUUGCAAUUAUGCUGGCACUUAUGAUGAGACUAAAUGCUUGAGCAAUUGCGGAGAACCCUCUCAAAAAUGGUAUCAUGUUCCCCGAUCCUUGUUAAAACCAACUGGGAAUCAGGUGGUUAUUUUUGAAGAAUGGGGAGGUAAUCCUUCCGGGAUUUCGUUGGUCAAAAGAACGGAACAAAAUUGAAGUAGCUGCUGCUGCUGCACUAAAUUUAAACAGAAGAAAGAUAUCACAAGUUCAUACUAGAUAAAAUUCUGGUUAGAAUUUGGGCUCCCUUCAAUUGUGGUGUUGAGAACAUAUAGUGGAAUGAAGCACAAAAUGACCAAUAUAGAUUUUAAUUAUGAAUGUGUAUUGAGCCACAUGUAACCAAAGCUUAUUCCAAUAUAUAACUUUUUGUCUUG